AUGACUGCCCCGUUCGAUAUCAAGAAGAUCGCCGUCAUCGGUGCCGGGCCGACUGGUUUGGCGGCCGCAAGGUACCUUUCAGCGCAGGGAAUCUUUGAGACUGUGGUUGUCUUCGAGCAGCAGGCCGAAGUAGGUGGUGUCUGGAACUACAGCGAGCAUCCAACCACAUCUCUCCAUGUGCCUCAAACCGAUCCAUUCUGUCCGCAAGACCCUCCGCUCCGGUCCAAGCCCGGCGCGCCUCCCGUGUUCCCCACCCCAAUGUACGAGUCACUUCACGCCAACACGGUCAAAACGACAAUGAACUACAAAAAUGCGCCCUUCCCAGAUGACACGUGGGUGUUUCCGUCUCGCCAGUCCAUUUACAAGUACCUGGUGGGGUACGCCAAAGACAUCCGCCACCUCAUCAAGUUCUCCCAUCAAGUCAAGUCGCUGGCCCUCCGACAGGAGAACGGCAGAGAUCAAUGGGACCUCGAUGCAGCUUGCACCAUCAGUGGUCGCAGGUUCACGGACACGUACGAUGCGGUUGUAAUCGCCAAUGGACACUACGACGUCCCUUUCAUUCCUGAAGUGGAGGGUAUCGAGGCAUUCCACAAGGCUCACCCCUCAGCCAUCCUGCACUCCAAGAAUUACCGCGUUCCCAAGCCCUUUACGGGGAAAAAGGUGAUUGUGGUCGGCAACGGACCGUCAGGCCUGGAUAUUGCCCGUCAAAUCAGCCCGGUAGCAGACAGGGUGUAUCUGUCUGUCCGGCACCCGACCCCACCGGACAAGGUCCAUCAUGUUGGCGUGACGGAAGUCCCGCGCAUCGUGGAGUUUGUACCGGGAAAGAGGGCUGUUGUUUUUGAGGGGGGGGAGACGGAGGAAGAUGUCGACGCUGUCAUCUAUUGCACCGGCUUCUUCUUCAGCUUUCCGUUCCUCCCCGAGCUGCUCAAGCCGAAUCUUUUGACAUCUGGCAAAGGGAUCCGAGGCUUGUACCAGCACCUGUUUCUCAUACAGCACCCGACCCUCGCGUUUCCCGGGCUACUCAUCAGGACGGUGCCCUGGCCGGUGGCUGAGAACCAGGCUGCAGCCCUUGGGGCGGUUUGGUCGAACGGGCUGAAGUUACCACCGGUCGAAGACCAGGAGAAGUGGGAGCUCGACCUCUUCAAAAGACGUGGCGACAAGAACAUGCAUGUAUUGCUCGAUAACGGAGAUGAUGGUCGCUACCUCAACUUGCUGCAUGAUUGGGUGGCUCAGUCGACCAAGAAAGGCAAGGAACCUCCUUACUGGCACGACGAGCAGUUUUGGGAGCGGGGGGUCUACUGGCCUAGCAAACAAGAGUUCGAGAAGCGAGGGGGGACUGCGACGACGCUUCGAGAGCUUGGUUUUGUGUAUCCAGGAGUGGGGAAGUGGGUGCACUUGGGGCCGAAGCUGUAG